GCCCCGGCGCUCUCCCGUGGGUGGCGGGAGGCUGUCCCGGGAAAGCCCGAGCGGGCUGAGGGGAGACGGGGGCUGUGAGAACGCUCGGCGUUUCGCUGGCUGCGGGGUCGAGCUGCGAGUCCGUAAUGCCCCUUUUUGUUUCGGUGUUGUAGGUCAGGAUGGCUUCGGUUGAAAGGGAGACCUUGUCCCAAGAGGAGCUCCGGAAAAAGCUGUAUCAGACUUUUAAGAGCCGAGGCGUGCUGGACACACUUAAGACACAGCUCCGAAACCAGCUAAUCCAUGAACUAAUGCACCCAAUUUUGAGUGGAGAACUGCAGCCACAGAUGGUUCCAAGUGAAGAUGGUUCACUUUUGAUCACUGCUUCCAACAGUUUGGUGGCAGAUCAUCUAGAGAGAUGUGGCUACGAGUAUUCACUUUCUGUUUUCUUUCCAGAAAGUGGGUUAGAGAAGAAGAAGCUGUGGACUAUGCAAGAUCUUCUUCAAUUAAUGAGGAUCAAUCCGAAAUCCAAUCUUUACAAAUCACUGACUUCAGGAACUCGGAAGGAAAAUAAAGGUUUCCUUAUGCAAAUUUUAAUUGGACUUACAGAACAUCAUCUAAACAGGGAAACUCACAACACAGAAACUCAGACCACCUCAGUGCCUCCUUACAGAGAGUCUCUUGCCGAGAAGCUUCAGCUGAUUGAUGAACAGUUUGCAGACUCCUAUCCUCAGCAUCAGAAAUAUGAAUCUUUAGAAGUAAAACUUAAUGAAUAUAGAAAAGAAAUAGAGAAGCAGCUUCAAGAAGAAAUGCAUCAAAAGCUUGAACAUUUUAAAGAAGUUGAAAUAGCAAAGAUUAAAAUGGAGGAGAAAGUGCAGACCCAGAAAGAAAUCUCUGAGCUGCGCCAUGAGUUAGAGAAGACACAUCAAGCAAAGUCUGAAGCCUUGAUUUCUCGUGAAAAGAAUGCUAUUGAGAGGCUUCAAAAGCAACAAGAGAUAGAAGCAAAGGAAGUGUAUGCUCAGAGACAAAGUCUGUUGAAAGAUAUUGAAUCCAUAAGGACCAGGGAGGCAGAGCUGAAGCAAAGGAUGGAGGCAUUUGAAAUAUAUCAGCUUGAAUUAAAAGAAGAAUACAUAGCCAGAACCAGUAAAGUUACUGAAGAUGAGAAAAAAAAUAAAGAGAAAGCUAUGCUUUUGCAAGAAGAAGCCACUGCUGUUAAUUCAAAAAAGGAGGAACUCAAGCAAGCUGUAUCACGCACCAAAGAGCUUGAGCUGGAUUUGGAAUCAGUGAAGGCCCAGGUUCUGUUGGUAAAUAAACAGAAUCAGUUGUUGACAGAAAAACUGAAAGAGGUGUCAGACUAUCCUUUGCUAAAGGAGGAAAAAUUGGAGCUCCAAGUGCAGAAUAAACUACUUAGGCAACAGUUGGAUGAGACUCGGAAUGAGAACCAGCAUCUUCGAGACAAGCUGUCCCAGCCCUCAGCGGAGUACCUGGCCUGCCAAGUGGAGCUGAGGAGAGUGGAGCAUUCUAAGAAGCUGGUGCUGGAUGAAUUUGAAAGUCAUAAACAGAUGUUGGAAAAACAGCUACAAAGUGAGAUUGAACGUUGUGCCCAGUUAAAGGCCCAACUCUUAGACUCUGAAGCUACUGUCAGGAAGUUAAAUGUGCAGGUUGAAGAACUGAAACUGCAAGUGAAACAAACACAGGCAGCCCUGGAGAAUGAGGUGUAUCGGAACCCAAAGCCGUCGCUCGUCGACCGCUCUGUCCUCGAUUUCCUCGGUGACAGGAUGGUGCCCCCUGACAUUUACGUGGACGGCACAUUCCCGAGGAGGCCCGUCCUGCCUGAUGUGGGGAUGAUCAGCACCGUGCUAGGGCCUGGCUGUCGGCAGCAGCCACGCAGCGCUUCCCCGGACUCUGAUCUGGAGUGCAUCGCGCAGGCCCGGGCCAGGGUGAUGGAGCUGGAAAAGGAGGCCGAGUACUUGGAAGAAGCCUACAGGAAUUACCAACACAGGGUAAUGCUGAAUGCAGCUGCAAGCAGAACACCAAGGAAGAUGCAGCCUCCUUUAAUUCUGCAGUGUCCUCUUAGUAGACACCCUUUAACUACCCAGCAGCAGGAAUUGUUAGAGGAUAAUCCCAGCUCCCCACAUUCCCCUCUGAGCAGUGCAGGAGGUGAGGAACACAUCAAAAGAACUGGGCAGGUCGAUAUCUUUAAAUCUUCCUUAAUGUCACCACACAGAGGAGCAUCUUCUUCGAGACGCCUUUCUUCUACUCCCAUUUCCAAACCGAAGAGAGACCUCAGUAACAAGAAAAUUCCAGAUGACAUCAAGAGCUCAUCCCUUACCUCUUCACAACGGAGUGUUGACCAGGUUCUUUCUCCUAUUUCAAAGCCCUAUUUGCUUUCAUCUUCUGAGUCUGUUCCUUCUUCACCAUCCAGUCAUGGCCAGAAAAUCAGACUUCAGAGUCAACAAACAGAUAAACAAGAUUUCAGUGAUAUCCAGAAACCAGAGAAACUAAGGUAUGAGGAUCUUGAAGAACAUAUUUAUACUCUUGAAGAUCAGGGGGACAUACCAGAGGAGUGUGAAAGUGAUGUAUUGCAUCCAUCUGGGGACAUCGUCCAUGGAAACUGUGUCACAGCCCCCAUGCCAGCAACAGCCACUUCACUGCAGGACUUAACAGUGCUAGAUCAAAGGCAGAUUGAAGAAGAGAACAGAGAAGCUGAGAAAAUCUUAGAAGAAGAAAGGAAAGCACAAGAAGAAAGAAGAGACAAAGAACAGGAAGCUUUGGAAAGCGAGCAAAAAGAAGUGGAAAAGCUUAACAACGAGGCGUGUAUCCAAGACUUGAUAAAAACAGAUGAAGAAAUAGAAGAUAAAGAGGGAUUAAAAUCUGAGCACAGUAACACUGAUGCUGAAAAUAAUGUAAAGGAUCCUCCUUCCAAUCCAUUAGAAAAAUACAUGAGAAUAAUUCAGCAGAGCAGAGAGAAGGAACCAGAAAACAAGGAUUCAAAAAAAGAAGAAAUAAGAGAAGUGUCACCUUCAGAAGGACUUUUAUCUACUGAAAAUGAUGACAGUGUUGCAGACAUUUCUCAUGGAGAUGUGGAUGAAAGCUUCUGGUGAACAAUAGCUACUGAUUUUUUUGAUUUUUAUUAUUAUUAUGAGAUAUUUUUAAAAUGGCUUUGUGCCUGUAAUAAAUGUUAGGCACCAACACUGCAGGCUGUGUAAUUAUAAAUUAAUAAAGCUGAUUUUGAUCUGUUUUAUCACUUGUCAUUGAAGUCAAACAGGGAGUCCUGAUGUGUUACUAAUCCAGGAGGAAGCCCUUGGGUGGGGUGAGAGAAAGAACAAAGCAGGGAACAGAAACUGAUCAGUAUGUUUGGGUAGAUUUGUGUUGGCACUGAAUUCCUCUAAACUUUGUCAACUUUCCCAACCCCCACCCCCCAACCCCUUCUCCAAAUGGUUCAGAGUGUGGGUGAAGGGAAUAAAAAAUUCCCUCAUCACCCGUUUUUAAAGGUGUCCUGUGGAGGCACUUGGCUCACACAGUUUGAGAGCAUUGAGUGUGACAGACCCAAACAAGGUGUCCCUUCUGCUGCAGGGGCAGGAGCCACUUUCAAAAACAGUCCCUCUCAUGUAUCACCUCAUUGGUAUUAACCAGCCCAGAAUGGAGAGAUUAAAAUAAAAAUGCUAUUUAACUCAUCUUUAUUUAAGCUUUGUAUUUUGUAGGUAGAUUAUAGGCAAGAUCAUUAAACUUUAUUUACAGUAUAAAAUACAGUAGGUUUUUAUCAAUGAAGUAAUUUUGGGUGGCAGCAUAUAUUACAACUUGCACUGCAUUUGAGGCUGCUCGUCUUGACCUAACUACAAGAACAUGAAGCCAAGUUUGACAGACUUUAGGGGCAAAAAACAAAGUUCUGUCUUGAAUUCACUGGAUGUUUAAACACAAUGUACCAAAACCAUGACAGAUACAAACUUUGCUUUUUGGAAUGAAUCUAAAAUGUGAUGUGGCAGUUACUCUAAUUCUGCGUGCUGCUUAAUUUGCUGUUGCAGCCACUCUGGCCUUUACAGAAUUUCUGAGUGACUGCUCCUGUUGGAUGUUGGGAAGGGGUAGUGCUUGUUGCAUUAUGCUGGCCUGGAACAACUACCACUACUGCAUGCUGCACACAGCUGCUGCUGCAGCUGCACCUGCAGGGCAGCCCUGCCCCAUGCAGCAGGGCAGGGAGCUCUGGAACAGAACAUGUUUCACCUCAGAUAGAGACAUAAAGCCUAGAGAUGCACUGCCAUGGAGUAGCUGUAGGUCUGGGUUCAAAUAAGCAUACACAAGUGUUGUCUAUUAUCUACAAAUAUUUAUUUUAACACUUGGAUGUAACUACAGGAAGCCCUUGGCACUGAUAGAAAAUAUUGAUUCACUGUUAGGUUACAAAAAUUUAUACAUAGCAAAAUUUAAUGCUCUUUACAUAAAAAUAUUAGACUACUUAAACAAAACUUCAAAAACUCCCAGUAAUAGCUACACUGAAUUAGAAAAGAAUUAGGCUUUAAGACACUGCCUCCAUUAUUACCCUUAUGCAAACACUGGGCUAGAACAUCACCUGCAUUGCUGUAGAAAUGUCUCCUUCAUGCAACAGGUAAGAACAUACACUAGGCUAUUUUGUCGGAUUUGCUCUACAUCAAUCAACUUUGCCCCUUUUUUGAAACUGUCAAAUUAGACUUCAAUACUUAACAAAAGAAAUUAUAUUUGAAGUUAAUGUCCCCCCCAAAAAUGCCUUUUCUCUUAAUACUGAUUUGAAGGAAUUUGUGCUUCCUUUGAUGAAUAUUCAGCAAACAGUCAAAACUACCAAACCACACGUCAGCUUAGCAGGGGUAUGACUUGAAUAUUUAAUUUUUUCAAAUGAAUGAUGUAUUUUUACUUUUCCCCCCCAACAUUUAUAUAUAUAUAUAUAUAUCAUAUAGAACAAACACCAAAUAUACCAUCACUAAUACUCAAGAUAUCACUGAAUGCUUCUGAAAAAAAACA